AGCAGCCAACCGGACUUUUUUGCUCCCCCAGCGUUUUGGGAUUGAACAGAACGUAUCGAUCCUUGUGUGCGAUUCUCCAAUUGCUGAGGCACAAAACCUGCCCAUGCAGCUGCAGACCUCCCAAUGCGAGGAUGUCUGCAUCUAGCCAGCUGGCUGAGCGCAGCGCCCAGACACUCCGCCGCUGCGAACUUCCUCGGACCCCGACUCAGUCUUUAUAGGCAGACCACUCGGUUCUUCGCCAAUUCAGCGACAUGGAGGAAGGCUGCGUCCUCGAGAGAGGUUACGGAUCUAGAGAGACGAAUCUCAGAUAUUCCAAUCGAACGUUACCGGAACUUUUGCAUCGUCGCACACGUGGACCAUGGCAAGAGUACGCUCUCCGAUCGAUUACUUGAAUUGACGGGCACGAUUCAACCCGGCUCGAAUAAACAGGUUCUAGACAAAUUGGACGUGGAACGCGAGCGAGGCAUUACAGUGAAGGCACAGACGUGCACGAUGAUCUACAACCACCAGGGGAAGGACUACCUGUUACAUUUGGUCGAUACACCGGGGCAUGUGGACUUCAGGGCAGAAGUAUCGCGCAGUUACGCCAGUUGUGGGGGAGCUUUGCUCUUGGUGGACGCCAGUCAAGGUGUCCAGGCACAAACGGUCGCAAAUUUCUAUCUGGCAUUUGCUCAGGGUCUUGAGUUGAUUCCAGUGGUCAACAAGGUGGAUCUACCGUCCGCAGACCCAGAACGCGCUCUUGAGCAAAUGAAGAACUCAUUUGAGCUGGAUACAGAUAUUGCGGUCAUGGUAUCAGCAAAAACAGGAUUGAAUGUGGAACAGCUACUUCCCACAGUGAUUGAGAAAAUCCCAGCCCCCGUUGGCGACCACAAAAAUCCGCUUCGAAUGCUCCUCGUCGAUUCCUGGUAUGACACCUACAAAGGUGUGAUUCUGCUUGUGCGUGUAUUUGAUGGCGAGAUCCGCGCCGGCGAUCAGAUCAUCUCCUUCGCAACCGGUAUCAAAUACAUUGUAGGAGAAGUAGGGAUCAUGUAUCCCAACGAGACACCUCAAACUGUCCUCCGCGCUGGUCAGGUCGGAUAUGUCUAUUUCAACCCGGGCAUGAAACGAAGCAAGGAGGCCAAGAUCGGUGAUACCUUAACCAAAGUGGGCUUUGAAAAGAAGGUGGAGCCACUUCCUGGGUUUGAGGAACCCAAGGCCAUGGUCUUCGUAGCCGCAUAUCCUGUUGAUGCGGAUCACUUUGAGCAUCUGGAAGACAGCAUCAACCAACUUGUUCUGAACGAUAGAAGUAUCACUGUUCAGAAAGAGUCCUCCGAGGCCCUCGGUGCAGGUUUCCGUCUCGGAUUUUUGGGCACUCUGCAUUGCUCUGUUUUUGAGGAUCGCCUUCGCCAGGAACACGGUGCUAGCAUCAUUCUCACUCCUCCGUCUGUGCCGAUCAAGAUUGUUUGGAAAGAAGGAAAGGAAGAGAUCAUCACCAGUCCGGCUCGCUUCCCGGAUGAGGAUGACCUUCGUCACAAAGUGCAAGAGAUUCAAGAACCUUACGUGUUAGCCACGUUGACGUUCCCCGAUGAAUACCUUGGCAAGGUCAUGGAAUUGUGUGAGGCGAAUCGCGGUGAGCAGAAAAGCCUCGAGUAUUUUACCUCAAGUCAGGUCAUCCUCAAGUAUGAGCUACCUCUAGCCCAACUCGUUGAUGACUUCUUUGGAAAACUCAAGGGAUCCACCAAGGGCUAUGCGAGUCUGGAUUACGAAGAGUCAGACUGGCGAAAAAGCAAUAUAGUCAAGCUCCAGCUCCUCGUGAACAAAGUUCCUGUGGAUGCUGUCUCGCGUCUUCUCCAUCUGAGUCAGAUCGACAGACUGGGAAAGCAAUGGGUGUCAAAGUUCAAACAGCACGUGGAUCGACAACUGUUCGAAAUCGUCAUCCAAGCUGCAGUGGGCCGCAAAAUUGUGGCUCGAGAGACGAUCAAGCCCUAUCGAAAGGAUGUCUUAGCCAAGCUCCAUGCAAGUGAUGUCUCCCGGCGUCGCAAGCUGCUCGAGAAGCAGAAAGAAGGGCGCAAGAGGCUCCGGGCUGUGGGCAAUGUAGUGAUUGAACACAAGGCAUUCCAGGCCUUCUUGGCCAAAUAGCUGGCCAUUGAUGUCAUGUAUCAAGAAUUUGUGUUAUAUAGAGCAAUCUUCUGUACCAUACCUCUAAUGAAUUGAAAAUCAGCCAUCAGUUAGUUGAUAGACA